CACUAUUUCACCACCAACUCAACGCCUGCGCACAACUCUCUCCCUCUUCUUGUCAUUCGGUCUUGCCUACUCUCCCGCCCUCUCGCUCGUUAAUUCCACCACACUCGUUUACUUAUUCGCAUGGCCGUCUGCUGGACAGUCCGGAUCAUCUUUUGGAAGCCACAGAACCCCCGAAGAGUGCAUCGAUUCCAGUCGCGCCUGCGCAUUGGCCAUUUGCCCUCGUCCGCUCCUUGACCCGCUGCAAGCACUGCUGCACCCGCCGCCUAUCCUCCGACGUUUCCUGCCUCACAUACCUUGUCCCGUCCAACUGGCGCGGAUUGGCCAAAAAGAAACAAAGAGGCAUAUCCUCCCUCCGAGCGUCCCUUGACAUUCCGACAGUCUGAAGUGCAUGAACUCGCAAUAUGCAAGCCACGAUGCCGCCCCUCUCUCGAGGCCCUGAACUGUCACCUGUCUCCACGACGAGCGACUGGUCUGGUGUCAACGCUUACAAUCAACUCCCCCGGAAUGACGGGCCCUUUGCGAGUCUACCUAUGAGGCCUCCGGGAGACGAGUUCGGGCCCUCCAAACCUCAGCCGUCCAUGCGCCCUCCUCCCAACGCAGGCAUGAACUUCGCUCCUCCAUCAUUGGAUGCCAUGGGACAACGUCGUCCGUCCGAAUCCGGCUCACGAGGGUCCUCACGCGCUGGAUCAAUCGCCAAUUCCCGCUCCAGCGAUGGCACCAUCUCAGACGAACAAAGCAGAAAAUACCGGAGGAUGGAGGCAGAGUUGUUUCAACACUAUACAGUUUUGAAGAAUUUCCUCAAGGGUGGUGCUCAGGCUCCCCCACGCCCUAAUAAGGCUCGGGAUAAGCUCCUACGACUGUCACCCGUCCAAUUCCACGAAUUGAGCACCGAUGUCUUUGACGAGUUGCAAAGGAGACAAGCUUCAGCCCCCCUUCCUGGUCGCCCACCGCGACAGCAAAACAUUCCCCCUUUUCUCCAACCACGACCCGAUUUCCACGAGAAGAGAAACCAGGCCAGGCAAAAACUCUCGUCACUGCAGACGCCCCGGUUUCGCGACCUGUCAACUGACGUCUUUUGCGAGUUGGAACGCCGAUUCCCGCAAUUUGCGAGACCGGAUGGGGGAAGAAGAGACAGCGCUCGUUCACAAUCCAGAGGUCCAGCGGCCUCGUCCAGAGAUGGCCCUCCAGUUCCCAAUGGCUUCGGCGCACCGCCCAGAACCCAGUCCUUUGGUUCCUCUGGCGCACCAAACUAUUCUCAAAGGCAGGAAUCGGUGUCCAGUCUCCCCCAAUUCGACAACCCUCCCCCACCGAGUGACUAUGGCCGGCCAAUGGCGAAGCAAUUUCAGAGCAACACCAUUACGCCCAAUAAGAGUAUGAUGGUCGAGGACGAAGACGAUUCCCAGACUGCAGAUUCGAAAUACGAUCGAUCCAGCGACGCUUUUGGGCUCGAAAGCUCUUUGACAAGCCCAAGGAGCGAUAGGGAUACAUCGGCAACGUCGCAGAGUGUCGCCAGCAUGAACUAUCCCAAGCCGAACUUACCCAGUUUAACCGAGCUACAAGAAAGGGUCUCUGAUCUGGAAUCAAACCUGGACUCAAAGGAUGAGGAACUUCGCCAGAUAAAGACACAGAACGAAGAAUGGGCUGUUACAAAGCAAGAUCUGGAGAGGAAACUCAAGGAAGCAGAAAACCUGAACAAGUCAUUGAAGGAGGAGAUUGAAAAGCUCAGAGCCGAAACACCACACUACAGUGGGGAAAAUGUUCUUUGGAAGACCAAGUUCCUAAAAUUGGAUCAGGACCAUGGGCUCCUGCGAGAGCAGCUGGCGCAGCAACAGCAGCUGACAGAGGAAGUUAGCAGACAGGGCCAGGUAUACCUUGAAGAGAUGAGAGCGAUGGCGGAAUCUGGCGGAGGCAACCUUGAACGAGAAGAGAAGCUGCAAGCUGAUGUCCACAAGCUCGAGGAGGAAGUUAAGGGCUGGAAAGCCCGUUAUGUGAAGGCCAAAGCACAACUUCGCAAUGUCCGCGCUAGCUCACUUGGGCUCAGCAUUGCCCGACCCGAUGCUACUCAACACGCAUUGGCUCUUCAGGACCGGGAAGGCCUGGUCAAGGACGUUCACGUCACCAAGUUCCAGAUCGCAAUUGAUGAGCUCCUCCAAAUUGCGAGAUCUGACAAUCCCGCAGCUGUGCUGGACCAUAUGAAAACGGUGGUAUUGGCGGUGCGCGGAAUCACGUCAGACAUCGACGCCGGGUCAUCAACAGAAAAGGACGAUGAAAUGGGCAAACGACGGGCCAAGCUCAAGACCAAGGUCUCGGCUACAGCGAACAACUUGAUCACAGCUUCGAAGAAUUUCGCUUCGGCCAGCGGACUCUCGCCGCUGAGUCUCUUAGAUGCAGCAGCUUCACAUUUAACGGCAGCCGUUGUAGAUCUCCUUCACACCGUCAAGAUUCGUCCCACACCUGCCGGAGAAUUGGAAGAUGACGAUGAACCAACGUUAGAACCACUGCAGAGCAACGGAUAUUUCAAUAUCGCCGAGACCUUGAGAAGACGGAGCGAAGUCGAAAGCAUCUACAGCGCUCUCAGCACGCCGUCCGCGACUAGGAAUGCGCACACUCGAGCUGGAUCAGGUCUUGUCCAACGCAACGGAUCGACUUACGUGAAUGGCACCGGACUAGGAAUUAAAUCGGAUUAUGGGACCACUCAGGAGGAGGCUGAUCUCGAGGAUCUCAAGAUGUACCUCGAAGAUCAGACUGAUGGAUUGGUUCAAUCCAUCACCUCUCUAGUCGAUACCAUCCGCAAGGACGAUGCCAUGGCCACGAUCCGAAAUCAUAUGACCACGAUUUCUGCCACGAUUGAAAACAUUGUCAACUCGGUGGACAGGACCGGGAACGAGCCAUCCUCAUACCAGGCCACAUUAAGAGAGAAAUCCGGUCCGAUUGUUGCCAAUCUGCGAGACUGCCGAGAGCAAAUGUUGCAGGCUAGCAACGAAGCUCCGGAAGACAAGGAAUUCCUCCAGCAACUUCCGCCUCUUUCGUUCAAGAUCGCACGCGAGACCAAGGAACUGGUAUCCAGAGUUAUGGCGAUUGAAGCUGGGCCGGCGAAAAGCGGCGAGGAUGACUUUAGCUAAGCGCUCAUGCUUGUAAUGCGGCGAGGGGAACGCAGGCUGCAGAUGUUGACCUGCAGGUGACAUAUAGUGAUGCAUCAUCAGACACUGAGCCAGUGUAGUAAUGCAAUGCAUUGUCUGGACCAAGAUGUCCGAGGACAAUAAUCUCUUGAA